GAGGAAUAUUGAUCUCUGAGUCAUGGGUUUUCCUGUUUAAAAGGAAGUGCGAUUAAGCGUGAUUGUUGUCUGAUCGGCGGUAUUAGUACCUGAAGGGCCUCGUCAGUCUCUCGUCAAGUCUUCAUCGAGUUCAACAUGAUCCUCUCCGCCAUUCCUAAAGGUCUCGUCCUCGCACUGAGCUUUUUCGGGUUCACACGAGCUUACCCGAGCGGAGCCCCGGUCAUUGCUUGUCAAAACGGAAUUCCUCAGCACGGCCUAGCCCAACCGCAAAGCGGGCGAGCUCCCUAUGAAAUCUUAGUGGAUGAGAAUGGACAUAACCAUAUGGUUGAAAUCGCCUUGAGAGGCUUGAACCGUGAGGUCUUUCGAGGGUUUUUACUCCGGGUGGUGUCCGUGGCCAGUGGUAAAGUUUUGGGAUCCCUGGAGUUGGACCCAUCUCAAUCGUUGAAAGGUCAAAUCAUUGAUUGUGCCUCCACGGAAGAUGCUGCCACUCACAUUAAUCGGAGCGACAAAGAUGAGGUGAAGCUGAUUUGGAAUGCACCUCAAGGGUUUGACGGCCAGGUCAAGGUUGUUUCCACUGUCGUGCAAAAUCAUCAAAAUUUUUGGACCAACGUGGAAAGUGCCCCAUUCAACGUGGGCCAUUCUGGCGCCAAUGACAACUCCAAUUCUCAAGUGGCUCUUUGGCCUUCUUUGUCAUUGACUUGUGUGGCGUCAGCCAUUGGGCAUUAUCUUUUCUAAAAGUCUCGUGACGACUUUGAAAGAUUGUAUCAUUAACAAAUUUAGCCGCAUAUGAGAUGUCCUUCUAAUGAAAUAUUACCAUAAUAAAACCCUUUCCAUAUGA